UUGGGUGAAGAAAGACGCAGGGCUGCGGCGUCUGGAGGGUUAACUUUCAGAUUCUCAGCCUAAAAGGGGGUUUGGGGGGCUAUGAGAUAAAGAUGCCGGGGUCGCUGAGUAAUGAAGACGAGGGACAAGACGACAUGGAUUUUGAAGACGAUAUGCCAGAUGAGGAUGACGAAGUUCAGCGCAACAUUGUUCCCCUCACACCCCUGGACAGCUUCUUCUCUGAUGAUGACUCCCUCAAACAGCAAAAGAAGAAGAAGCCAAAAAAGAUGAAAGAGGGGAAAAUGCCCAAAGUUAAAAAGAGGAAGAAGGAGGGAGGACUCCAGGCAAGAGUUGACAGCGACCUGGAGGAGACCUCAGAGGUGGAGGAGGAACGAGAACGAGAACGUCCAGAAAUAGGCUCUGAGAGCGAGAGCAGCAUGUACGGACCCACCAAGAAGAAGAAAAAGAAACCCAAGGAGAAGAAGGAGAAGAAGCCCAGGAAGAAGAAGAGAGAUGAAGACGACGAGGACGAUGACGAUGAUGAUGGCAGCAUGAAAGAACCCAAAUCAUCCAGCCAGCUGAUGCAGGAGUGGGGUCUUGAAGAUGUUCAGUACGGCUUCACUGAGGACGACUAUAAAACCAUCACCAACUACAAGGCUUUCAGCCAGUUCCUCAGGCCUCUCAUUGCCAAGAAGAACCCCAAGAUACCCAUGUCAAAGAUGAUGACAGUGUUAGGGGCCAAGUGGCGGGAAUUCAGUGCCAACAACCCGUUCAAAGGCGCAUCUGCCACCGCUGUGGCCGCCGCUGUGGCUGCCGCCGUGGAAACGGUUACCGUGGCACAGCCAAUGUCUGUCGGCAGCAGCCAGCCGAGCUCUCAGCUGGGGCCACUCAAAAAAGCCAAAACCAAAGAGGGAAAGGGACCUGGAGUUAGAAAGAGAAGUAAGACUGCGAAGGAGGUGAAGAAGAAACCCAAGGCGAAAAAGACCAAAUCAAAGUCAGGCCAAAGUGGGAAGAAGAAGAAAGCAUCCUCAAGUGAGGAGGACUUCCUGGAGGAGUCAGACUUUGAUGACAUCAGCAUCCACAGUGCCUCUGUGCUUUCUGAUACCUCGGGGGCCACAACCAAGAAAAAGGCCCGACGUGGGCGUAAAAAAAGGAAAAAAGAGGAUGGCGAUGGCUAUGAGACAGACCACCAGGACUACUGUGAGGUCUGCCAGCAGGGAGGUGAAAUCAUCCUCUGUGACACCUGCCCCAGAGCGUACCACCUGGUGUGUCUGGACCCGGAGCUGGAGAAGGCGCCAGAGGGCAAAUGGAGCUGCCCACACUGUGAGAAAGAGGGUAUCCAGUGGGAGGCCAAAGACGAGGACGAAGAAGAGGAGGAGGCAGCGGGUGAGGAAGAGGAUGACCACAUGGAGUUCUGCAGAGUGUGUAAAGAUGGAGGGGAACUGUUGUGCUGCGACACCUGCCCAUCUUCAUACCACAUUCACUGCCUCAACCCACCUCUGCCUGAGAUACCCAACGGGGAGUGGCUGUGUCCGCGCUGCAUGUGUCCUCCUCUAAAAGGUAAGGUGCAAAAGAUCCUGCACUGGACAUGGGGAGACCCUCCACUGCCCGCCGAGAUGCCUGCAGGAGCUGAUGGCAAGCCCAUCGAUCCACUAACCAAGCCCCCACUCAAGGGCCAUCCAGAGAGGGAGUUCUUUGUGAAAUGGGCUGGCCUGUCAUACUGGCACUGCUCCUGGGUCAGCGAGCUGCAGUUGGAGCUGUACCACACCGUCAUGUACAGGAACUAUCAGCGGAAGAACGACAUGGACGAGCCUCCGCCGUACGACUACGGUUCAGGCGAAGAGGAGCUCAACAGUGAGAAGAGGAAGAGCAAAGACCCCCAGUACGCUGUGAUGGAGGAGCGCUUCUACCGUUACGGCAUUAAACCAGAGUGGAUGGUCAUUCACCGGAUACUCAACCACAGUUUUGAUAAAGACGGAGAUGUGCAUUACCUGAUCAAGUGGAGAGACCUGCCGUAUGACAUGUGCACUUGGGAGGUGGAUGACUUCGACAUCCCUGACUAUGACAGUCAUAAGACAUCAUACUGGGACCACAGGGAGCAAAUUCUAGGUGAAGACCAGCGCCCUCUGGUGGUGAGGAAAGGAAAGAAACUCAAAGAGGAUCAACCAAAGAGGGAGAUCCCCCCUGAUGCACCCAUCAUAGAUCCGACCAUCAAGUUUGAGCACCAGCCGUGGUACAUUAACGCCACUGGAGGAACUCUGCACCCAUAUCAGCUGGAAGGCCUGAACUGGUUGAGGUUCUCUUGGGCACAGGGCACCGAUACCAUCCUCGCUGAUGAGAUGGGACUGGGAAAGACAGUGCAGACAAUAGUAUUUCUGUACUCUCUUUAUAAGGAGGGUCACUCUAAGGGGCCUUUCUUGGUGAGUGCACCCCUCUCAACUAUCAUCAACUGGGAGAGGGAGUUUGAGAUGUGGGCUCCAGAUUUCUAUGUGGUGACGUACACUGGGGACAAAGACAGCCGGGCGAUCAUCAGGGAGAACGAGUUCACGUUUGAAGACAGUGCCGUGAAAUCAGGUCGUAAGGUGUUUCGAAUGAAGAAAGAUACUCCUAUCAAAUUCCAUGUGCUGCUUACAUCCUAUGAACUGAUCACUAUAGACCAAGCCAUUCUGGGCUCCAUCACCUGGGCCUGCCUGGUUGUCGAUGAAGCCCACCGACUGAAGAACAACCAGUCAAAGUUUUUCAGAAUUCUCAAUGGGUAUAAGAUCUACUACAAGCUGCUGCUCACAGGGACUCCUCUUCAGAACAACCUAGAGGAACUGUUCCACUUGCUUAACUUCCUUACCCCAGAGCGCUUCAAUAACCUGGAAGGGUUCCUGGAGGAGUUUGCUGAUAUUUCUAAGGAGGACCAGAUCAAGAAGCUUCACGACUUGCUGGGGCCUCACAUGCUCAGAAGGCUGAAAGUGGACGUUUUCAAGAACAUGCCUGCAAAGACAGAACUGAUUGUCAGAGUGGAGCUCAGCCCCAUGCAGAAGAAAUACUACAAGUUUAUUUUGACCCGGAACUUUGAGGCUCUGAACUCCAAAGGCGGAGGGAACCAAGUGUCCCUGCUUAAUAUUAUGAUGGACCUGAAGAAGUGCUGCAACCAUCCGUACUUGUUCCCUGUAGCUGCUGUGGAGGCUCCUGUUUUACCCAAUGGAUCUUAUGAUGGGAACCUACUGGUCAAGUCCUCAGGAAAACUGACGCUGCUCCAGAAAAUGCUGAAAAAACUGAAAGAUGAAGGGCACAGAGUUCUUAUUUUCUCUCAGAUGACAAAGAUGUUGGAUCUGCUUGAGGAUUUUUUGGAGUUUGAGGGUUAUAAAUACGAGCGUAUUGACGGUGGAAUUACUGGAGGCCUAAGGCAGGAGGCCAUCGACCGCUUCAACGCGCCGGGAGCACAGCAGUUCUGCUUCCUGCUUUCAACACGAGCCGGAGGUCUUGGCAUCAACCUGGCGAGUGCCGACACUGUGGUCAUCUACGACUCUGACUGGAACCCUCACAACGACAUCCAAGCUUUUAGCAGAGCCCACCGUAUAGGCCAAAACAAGAAGGUGAUGAUCUACCGCUUCGUGACACGAGGCUCGGUGGAGGAGCGGAUCACACAGGUGGCGAAGAGGAAGAUGAUGCUGACCCACCUGGUGGUUCGACCCGGUCUGGGCUCCAAAACCGGCUCCAUGUCCAAACAGGAGCUGGAUGACAUCCUUAAGUUUGGCACCGAGGAGCUUUUUAAAGAUGAAAUGGAGGCGGCCAGAACCAUGGGUGACAACAAAGAUGGUGAGGAGGGUAAUGUGAUUCAUUACGAUGAUGACGCCAUCUCGAAGCUGCUGGACCGCAGCCAGGAUGCCACCGAAGACACAGAGAUUCAGAACAUGAACGAAUACCUGAGCUCCUUUAAGGUGGCUCAGUAUGUGGUGAAGGAAGAAGAUGGAGAGGAGGAGGUGGAGCGGGAGAUCAUAAAGCAGGAGGAGAACGUCGAUCCAGAUUACUGGGAAAAACUCCUGCGCCACCACUAUGAGCAACAGCAGGAGGAUCUGGCCCGGAACCUGGGAAAGGGCAAACGUAUCAGAAAGCAGGUCAACUACAACGAUACGACCCAGGAGGAUCAAGAAUGGCAGGAUGAUCUUUCAGACAAUCAGUCGGAGUACUCUGUGGGAUCCGAGGACGAGGAUGAAGACUUCGAGGAGAGGCCUGAAGGUGGACGCAGACAAUCCCGUCGGCAGCUGAAGAGUGAAAAAGACAAACCUCUGCCACCGUUACUGGCACGAGUUGGAGGCAGCAUCGAGGUCCUGGGGUUCAACGCUCGCCAGAGGAAAGCCUUCCUCAAUGCCAUCAUGCGCUGGGGAAUGCCUCCUCAGGAUGCUUUCAACUCCCAUUGGCUGGUUAGGGACCUGAGGGGGAAGAGUGAGCGUGAGUUCAGGGCCUACGUGUCUCUGUUUAUGAGACAUCUGUGUGAGCCUGGGGCAGACGGAGCAGAGACUUUCGCUGACGGCGUCCCACGUGAGGGCCUGUCUCGUCAGCAUGUCCUAACCAGGAUCGGAGUUAUGUCCCUUGUCAGGAAAAAGGUUCAAGAGUUCGAGCAUGUCAAUGGAAAACUGAGUUCUCCGGAUCUUAUUCCCAUCGGUAUGGAAUUGAAGAAACUGACGGAGAGUGUGUCGUCUGAUCCCAACACCCCCGUGCCCGCCAGCCCUGUCACCACUCAGCCAGGCACUCCAGUCCCACCAGAGAAGGGUGAGUCUCUCCUGGGCACCGGAGAGGACAAGGAGACCUCAGAGCAAGACAGCAAGAAACUGUCAGAGCAGGAGACUUCCAGUGCCGAGACAGCAUCUGUACCUGAGAAGGCGGCUGACAGUGAAGAGAGCAAGGCCAGCUCAGAGGAGAAAACAGGAGAUGAGAAGGACAGAACCGAGUCGCCCUCCACAAAGACCGAGUCAUCCGCCAAUCUAAAAGAGUCCGCUUUGAAACAGACAGAGCUGUCAACCAGUCAAACAUCGCCUAAAGCGGAAUACGGCAAGGAAACAGAAAAGCCCUCAGAGAAAGGAGAUGCGUAUUCCCCUCUGGCAAAAACAGAAGACAAGGAAAAUAAGCCAACUGCUGCAGACGAUAUGAAGAGCGAGGACACGUUGGAAGGUCGAUUAAAUGGAGACAAAGACACGUUGGAUGAGAUGGACGAGCCCAGGAGGGAGGACAAAAAUGGAUUCAAAACCAAGUUCAUGUUUAAUAUUGCUGAUGGAGGUUUUACAGAGUUGCACACCCUCUGGCAAACUGAAGAGCGAGCGGCGCUGUCUUCUGGAAAGAUGCACGACAUCUGGCACCGUCGUCAUGACUACUGGCUAUUGGCUGGCAUCGUAACACAUGGCUACGCUCGUUGGCAGGACAUUCAGAAUGACCCACGUUACGCUAUUCUGAAUGAGCCCUUCAAGACUGAGAUGCAUAAAGGCAACUACCUAGAGAUGAAGAACAAGUUCCUAGCCCGCCGCUUUAAGCUGUUGGAGCAGGCUCUGGUGAUCGAGGAGCAGCUGAGGAGGGCAGCUUACCUUAACAUGACCCAGGACCCCAGUCACCCAGCCAUGGCACUCAACACACGCUUCGCUGAGGUGGAAUGUCUGGCAGAGUCUCAUCAGCACCUGUCCAAAGAGUCUCUGGCUGGGAACAAACCUGCGAAUGCUGUGCUGCACAAAGUGCUGAACCAGCUGGAGGAACUUCUGAGUGACAUGAAGGCGGAUGUGACUCGACUGCCCAACAUGCUGUCCAGAAUACCGCCGGUGUCGGCCCGCCUUCAGAUGUCGGAGAGGAGCAUCCUGAGCCGCCUCACCAGCCGGGGCAGCGAACCCCCACCACAGCAGCCUUUCAGCCAGGGUGGGUUUGGAUGCUCCCAGAUGUACAGCAACAGCUUCGGUGGGGGGUUCAGAGGACCUGGCGGGCAGCCCAUGGUCAACUAUAGUCAGAUGCCCCUCGGACCCUACGUCAGCAUGUCCUCAAACGGACCUCCUCUCCCUGCAAGCCAUCUGGACAAGAAGUCAAUUGACUCCUUGAGAGAUGUGGCCACGCCUGACCUGAAGUCAGGCAAACCCAGUGAUGUCAUCUGUAUCGAGGACUAGACCAGCUUUUUAAAACUGAUCCGAGAUCAGGCACCCAGGGAUGGAAUCUGCACAGAUGAUAGCUUCCUCCGCCACAUUCUCCUCUUUCUCCUGCUCCUUCUUGACAGCCAACUUUGACUUAAUAUCUAAAAAAAAAAAAAAAAAAAACCUGCGCUCUGUCUCUGGAUGAGGCAAAUUAACUUUUUGAUCAAUGCAGAUGUAUCUAUCUUAACAAUUGCACUUUUGUCUUUUAAGGAUCGUAUGGAAGUAUUUCAAUAGAUAUUUGCUUUUGCUAACUUGUGCUGGAGAGCUGUGGAUUAGGAAGGAAAUUGGAGCAGCAUUUAUGGGACGAUUUUUUUGAGUUUUUUCUUUUUUUUUUUUUUUUUUUUUUUUUUUUUCUUUUUCUCAGCCUCACUAAAAGGCAAAACUCAUGCAAGUUGGCAGUGAGUUUCUGAGGCUCUUGACUGGGGCUAAAUUAAAUCUUGGAAUGUGUGAUUUAUUUGUGCCAGCCUCAACUUUCUCAUUCUGCAGCCUAUUGCUUUUAUUCAUCUGCCUAUUCACUGUACACUGUGACUGUGCCCCAGUGGAGCUUGUUCCCUGCGAAGAUGAUAAGAGAUGAGGACGUCUGAAGUCAUAGUUUGAUACGAGAUUGUUUUUCUGAGGGCCAACAUCGUUACUUUAAAUGAAUAUGUGUUUUUUGUCAUUUAUGUAGUAACCAGUGGAUAAUGUGUUGAUUUAAAAGCAUCAAAAACUAUAAUCAUCAAUGCAGUAGCUGGACACAGUCUGUCUGAAUCCUCUAAAGACUGCCACCCACUGGUAAUUCAGAGAAAAUAAUCUCUGCCACACCUGCAGAUACACCGCUGCAGUACCAGUAACCUGCAUGGGUUGGCUUCUUGUACUGUAUAUACUCAGAGACUGCUGUUUAUUUUACCUCACAUACGUCUAAUCAUAGUGAAAAUAUGUACACAUACAUAAAUGAAAUCAGAAUCCCGGGCCUGGUUAUUGUACGUGAAGCUGCAGCAGGGCAGAAGAAACUGGGAAUGGUUAAAAAAAAAAGAAAAGAUUUUUAACACAUUUCAGAGAAGACUGAGUAUCUCUGUGUAUGGUACAAUAUUUGUGAUUCUUUCUAUAUUUGAAUGUUAGUAGUGGCUUUAGAGCUUAACCUUGGGGCCAUGACCAGUGGGACUGCACUAUAAACAGGAACUCAUCUGGUCCACAUCCACACGCAGGGCUUUCAUGUUCAGGCCGAACUGAGAACAGAGUCCUGAGUGGCUAGUCUAGGAGGGCUUUUUUUCCUCUCUUACAUCCCAGGGACUUUCCCAGUUCCCUUUCGUUGUUAGUAUUGAUUAAGAACACAUGUGCUUCUGGCGCGACGUCACCUUUAGUCUAGUACUUGUCGCAAAAUUAGCUUACCAUUGCUUAUUUUUACAUUAAGGUAAAAUUAGAUGUAUUUUGCCAUUAAAGGCACUUUUUUGCCAAACCUGGAGACGAUCCAGCAUGGUUUGGUCUUUGAUGCAGUGCAUUUCCUCCAGAGGUUGAGACUGUAAUUGGUAGUGUCACAGUCUAAAUCUAAAAAAAAAAAAAAAAAAAAAAAAAAAAAAAUUCUCUGUCUGAUUUUUUUUAAGGACCAAUGUUGCACAACAGUACUCUUUAAUAAUAAUGUCUUCGCUUUCUCAGUUCUGUUUUGGUUGUUUGAAGAGUGUACAGUAUAUUGUUGCUUUACCUGGUGUGCAGACAGGUGCAUACAGCUACAUAUCUUGUCCAUUUCAUCUACUACUAUUUCGUGCUUAAGAGACUCUCCACUAAAUAAAACAAUCUUUUUUAUGAAUUCAAGGUUAUUUUAUUUCCAUUGUUAUGACAGCACCGCUCAAAUGUUUGGACUAAAAGUGCAAAUGUCUUUUUUUUUUUUUUUCUUUUCAUUUUCCAAAGACCAGGGGCAUUGCCUGUUUGGAUUCUUAAUGCCGUUUGCCACAGCACUUAUUUGACAUUGUUGAAAUGAUUGUGUUUGAAUCUAAACUCCAGAGGUGGUGUUGCACUGAGUUGAUGACUGUAUUUUCUUACUCUCCUUUUUUGCCAAUUGAAAAUGAUUGUCCUGAGGUGCUCUGCUCUUGACUCCUUUCUCUUACCUACAGUGUGUCACUGCAACCUCCUCACCCCGUCAUUACUAAGACUACACGCUUUAACUAAGAACUAAAAUUCAGCAUCAAAAAUAUCAUCGUUUUAAAGUGCGAUGAAUCUCGAACUGCAUCCUAUCGAUUUUUGGCCUAUUCUUUGUUAGUGUUUUAUCAGUGAUGAUUUGUUCUUUGUGUUUCUGUUGGAGCCAUCAGCUACUUGACCAUGACAUGUAAUAGGUUGCUUGACAGAUAGAACCUCAGAAACAUGUAAAUACUUGAAAGACUUUUCAGAGAUAAGUCCAUCUCAUAUAGAUUUACGUAUCAAGCUGAAAAAGAUGAAUGUCUGCUGGAUGAUGUUGCCAUAGAACUGCAAUGUGCACUGUUAUGUGCCCAUCAGUCAAAAGUCAUGUCUUUUUCCCUCUGGAGUGAUGACAAUGAGAUAACAUCAACACAAUACUUAAAUGAAAUGCAAUCAAACUGAAGUCAGUAUGAAUGUAAUGUCUGUUAGAAAAAAAGGCUUCAGUCUAAUAUUAUAAAUAUGUUAACAAUGUAUGUAUAUGCUUAUUAACGUGGCUUCUAAAGCUACCAAAAGACCCUGGUAAAGGCACCUUCGUUGCAGUAAAUGCACAGCAUGUGAAGCGUUUGAUAUGACGGUUCACUUUGGGGAAGCGGUAGUGUAUUUAGCAUUUACAGACAAUGAGCUCCAAGCAGUGUUAUGGUUCUGAUAUUUGUGCUGUAUAGCGACCGAAUGAAAAAGUGAAUAGUCAUCUUUUUAUUUGUAUUCUGUGUAUUUGUUCAAUGUGUUUUAAUAAAUCUUCUGGACAACAGUA